AGCUUAAUUUCAAUUAGUUCGUCGAGCUAGAUUUCGAUUCUCGUUUUUCCACAGCGCCCGCAGUUUGAGGAAAUUGGUGAAAAGCAACGCAAGCAGCACAGCACAACGAAAAACAGUAGAGUAAUUGUUUUUCCGUUCCCACAAACGAGUGCCGUGCCGGGGAGGUGGUUGAAACAGAAAACCAACAGCAGCAGCCGCUAAUCGGGAAGGAAAAUGCAGUGGAAACUCGGGGGGAGCAUCGCAGCGCUGGCGUUGCUGCUGGCCUGCAACAUACUGCUGUCCGUGACAGCCGAUGUGGAGUUUGGUGUCGAUGCCGACGACUUUGAGGAUGGCCAAGUCGAAGAUGUUCAGGAGGAGGCUGUCGGUGCCGAUGAGGAGCUAGUCUACGAGAGCCCUGUGAUCGAGCCCAAGAAGUUCCACUUCGCCGAUCAUUUCGAUAAUGUUGAUGAGUCAAGCAAGCUGUGGGUACACUCACAGGCCAAGAAGGACGACAUUGCCGAGGAGAUCUCCAAAUACGAUGGCAUUUGGAGCUGGGAGUCGCCGCAGCGCAUUGUCUGGGCAAAGGAUAAGGGACUGGUUCUCAAAUCGAAGGCAAAGCACGCUGCCAUUUCGGCGCGCCUCCGCAAGCAGUUCGAUUUUAAGACAGAAAAACCGCUGGUGGUGCAAUAUGAGGUCACGCUGCAGGAGGGUCAAGAUUGUGGCGGCUCGUACAUCAAGCUUCUGUCCGCUGGCAAGGAAACGGAAGAUCUCAAAGCGUUCAAUGACAAGACACCCUACACCAUCAUGUUCGGGCCGGACAAGUGCGGGAACGAUGUGAAACUGCAUUUCAUAUUCCGUCACGUUAAUCCAAUUAACGGCACCAUCACCGAGAAGCAUUGCAACAAACCAAAGAACCGCCUGGACGAUCUCUUCAAGGAUAAGCUCCCCCAUUUGUAUCAGCUGGUCGUGCAUCCCGACAACAGCUUCGAGAUUCGUGUGGAUCACAAAAUCGUCAACGAGGGCUCCCUUCUGACUGACUUUAAGCCGCCCGUUAAUCCUCCAGCACAGAUCGAUGACCCGAAUGACCACAAGCCAGAGUCGUGGGAUGAGCGCGAGAAGAUACCAGAUCCGACAGCAUCGAAGCCAAGCGAUUGGGAUGAGGAUGCACCACCCCAGCUGCCCGACCCCGAUGCUGUCAUGCCCGAGGACUGGCUGGAGGAUGAACCCGACAUGAUAUUCGAUCCCACAGCCAGCAAGCCCGACGAUUGGGAUGCCGAAAUCGAUGGCGAGUGGGAGGCACCGCUGGUGGACAAUCCCGUCUGUGAGAAGGCCGUUGGCUGUGGCAAGUGGAAGGCUCCGCUGAUCCAAAAUCCCAACUACAAGGGCAAGUGGCGUGCACCGAGCAUUGACAAUCCCAACUACCAGGGCAAAUGGUCUCCACGCAAGAUUGCCAACCCCGACUUCUUUGAAGAUCUGAAGCCCUUCCGCAUGACUCCGAUUAGCGCUGUUGGUCUGGAGCUGUGGUCCAUGUCUAGUGAUAUUCUCUUCGACAAUCUGAUCGUCACCGAUGAUGUGGCGGUGGCCCGUGAUUUUGCUGCCAUGAGCUUUGAUAUCAAGCGUCGCUACAUUGAUCGUGAAUCGGACUCAUUCGUGAAUAAGGUAGUCGAUCUUGCCAAGACAAAUCCCGUGGUCGCGGGCCUUAUCAUGGUAGUCUUUGUCGUACUAUUCGUAUUCAUCACCAUUUGGUGUAGAUUUGGUGCCGCUAAAAAAGAGGACGCUGCCAAACGAGCUGCUGCUCAGGCAAAGAAAACCGAUGCACCACAGCCCGAUGAUGCACCCGAAGAGGAGGAGGAGAGUGAUCCUUCGUCUGAGAGAGCUGCUGGCGAUUCCAGUAAGGAAAGCACGCCGCUGUCCGCUAGUCCCAAGAAGAAUAAAAAGUCUGAUUUAGAGGAUAAUGUUGAGACAAAGCCGGAGGAGACCAAGCCGGAGGACCUUCCCUCAAAUGAGGAGGAAAACAAACCCCCUCCCGCCAAACGGCCAAAGCGUCCACUCGGCGACUCCCUGCGCGACGCUGCUCGUAAUGGCAAGUUUUUCCUUGGCAACGAAAACCUGACACGUUUGUGGAACUACUCGCCGGACAACUUACAGGCUUGCAAAAGUGAGCAGCGCAACUUCCUGCCCCUGCUAGAAACGUAUUUGGAAUCGCCCCACGACAAGAUCGAUCCAGCCUUCGAGUGGCGUGCACUGCGUUUGCUUGCCCGGCAAACUCCCCAUUUCUUCACAUCGCCCUCGCAACCGUCUAGCAAGAUUUCCGACUAUUUGGAGCAAGUGCGCAAGCGUCUCAUACGCGAUAGGGAGCCGAAGCCAACAACCACGGUAUCCAGCAAUGCAUCAGAGCAGAACAACGGUCUGGCUGCGAAAAGUACACCCGCGGAGAGUGAGCAGGAGGCGGCCAUGGCGCUGCAGGAAGCAGAGCCAGAACAGGAUCUCGAGGUGGAAGACACAGAUCCCGUUGUUGAGGAAGUGGAAGAGGACCCAGGCCAUGAGAAGUCAUUGAUGGUGACCGCCAAGCACAUCGAUGAGGUAGCACCGCUGAUUGGAGAGCCCUGGAUGAAGGUGGGCAAAAAGAUAGGAUUUACCAAUGACGAACUUCUCUUCUAUCAAAUGGAGCAUCCCACCGCCAGUGUGGCCUGCUCGAAAAUGCUGUGCACUUGGAUCUCAGAGGAUGACGAUGCCACGCUAGAAAACUGGGCCUACAUGCUUGAGGGCCUGGAGAUGAACCAGGCAGCCGAUGCCGUAAAGGCCAUUAUCGAACGUGAAAAAUCAUCUGGAUCUGCCGCAUCGACUGCCACUGUUGUGCAGCCGCAGCUCGAAGAUGACAACGAUGUCGAAGUGUUAUCCGACUAGGGCCACCCAACGUACCCGCAGCUCGCUUAAAGUUAAGUCUGGCAUCGUUUCAUUCAUCAAAAAUUGCUUUAUCACAAGUAAACGUAUGGGCAUGUUCAUGAUCGAACACACCA